GCCGCAUUUGAACUUCAAACGCGAAAAAAGUAGCACAGUGCGGAUAGAUACGCGGAUGCGUGGCGAUUAAACGGCGUAGCGCGGAAAACAACAAAUUUUUGAUUAUGUAUUUAGCAUAGCGAAAGUAAUUCGAUUUGAACGGAUUGGACGUACACCUGCUAACGGCGAUCGUGACAAUGGAAUAUUCGGAAUGAAAACAGAUCGCAACUCGGAUAAACAGUCUUAAAAUAAAUAUUUAAAAAUAUCUGAAAAUUAACAUGGCAAGCAGAGUGUUUCAAAAAGGGGCGGCGAAAGGAAUUUUGCUGUUUUGCAUGGUCUUACUAAGACUGAGCCACGGAGUCGCGGAUGAGAGCCAUGAGAAUGACACGACCACCACAUCGCUGGCCACCAUUACCACCCAGAUCGUUCCGAUGCCCAAUUUCGGGAGCAGCUGCCUGGACUGGUCAUCCGCUCCGGAGGCAGCGGGCGGAAACUGCUCGAGGCUAACCCGAAAUGGUACUCUAAAGUGCUUUGGCGGAAUGAACAACCUGGCGGCUCUGAACCACUCUGGAAAGUUGAGUAGAGCGCAGCCUGCUCUGGAAAUGCUCCUCUGCGGCUGGCCAAAGGAUGGUUUCAAUCAUCUGAGGGACCUUCAAAAGCUGCCCCGUCUUCGAUCCCUGACCAUCGAAUACAGUGGCUUCACCGAGUUCAAGUUCGACUUCCCAGAGAUGUCAGAACUGCAAACCAUCAACAUUUCGUGGACGAAUCUCUCGUACAUCUCAUCCCGAACCUUUAAGCGAGUGCAUCCCCUCAAGGUUUUGGACCUGCGAUGGAACCAACUCAUCCAACUGGAUGGUCCUUUGCUGCUACCCCGCAAUUUCGAGCAACUCUAUUUGGCGGGGAAUCCGUGGAACUGCACGCGGAACUUCAAGUGGAUGCUUUUGCAGCCGGAAAAGGGAAGAUUGGUGGUCGAUCGAGAUGAGCUCAUCUGCACGGAUCGAAAGUACAAGGAGCGCCAGAUGCUCCUGGUUAUGCACUUUAAGUUGGAGCUGAAGAAGCAGUGUCAAUCCCACGAGGAUCUGAGGAACUGCAGCUGCCUUAUGCAUCACAUCUUGCCCAAGACGCACAUUCCCCUCUAUACGGUCAACUGUUCCCAUUUGCAGUUUCACCGACUGCCUGCUUUUUUGCCCGAAAAUACCACCACUCUAGUCAUCAAUGAUAAUAUGAUCACUGACAUAAACCCACUCCGAGACAAUCCCCACUAUCGCCACGUGGUGGACAUGCAGCUGGAGAACAACCAGAUCUCCAAUGUGGACAACCUAGAGGACACUUAUUGGCUGCAGAACUUCCGGCUGCUCAAUCUGCGCGGCAACAAUCUCCGAAAAAUACAUGUCUAUGCCUUCGACAAUGCACUCGAUGACAAUGAGAAUGCCAAUCUCUUGCUGCUCAGCAGGAACCCCUGGCACUGCACCUGCAAGUUCGGCAGCAGAAUGCGUGAGUUGCUGACCAAGUACAAGGAUAUCGUGCGGGAUGCCUGGAAUAUGAGCUGCACCUACCGCCUGGACGAUGAUCAGUUGCUGGCCAAGGUGCUCACACUCAGUCGUCAGGAGAUGUGCAAUAUUAGCGAGGAAAGUGGCAUCCAGAUCCAUCCCAUCGAUUGGCUGAACGGAGUACUCGCAAGCCUCAUUCUUCUCAUCCUGGGCAAACUAGCCUAUGAUUACUAUUUUUACAAGUAUUACGGUCGAGUUCCUUGGAUUGUGAUGAAAAUGCCUUAGUCUU